AUGAACAAAGACCUCGACCAGAAGCACCACACCGCGCGAGAUCAAGACGACGACAAUGAUGACGACUCCCUCUUCGACGCCCUCGAGAAAGAAGACGACUCCGCGUACCGAGCGCACCGCAUCGAACAACUCAACGCCGAGUUCUCCGCCGCCAAAAACAACCGCUCCUCCAACCCGACAACCACCCUCGUCGAGGACGGCCUCCUCCCCACGCUGAGAAACGACCAAGCCGUCCUGGACUUCACCACCCUGGCCCACCGAUGUGUCGUUCACUUCGCCCAUCCCGACUUCGCCCGCUGCGGGGUCAUGGACGAGCACAUCCGCGCGCUGGCAGCGCAACACCACGAUAUACGCUUUGCCCGCGUUGACGUGCGCGACACGCCAUUCGUGGUGGAGAAGCUGAGCAUACGGGUCCUGCCUUGUGUGAUUGGGUUCAAGGAUGGGCUGGGUGUUGAGCGGGUGGUUGGGUUUGAGGGGCUCGGGGCUGGCGGGCGCGAUGGGGCCGAGAAUUUCAGCACAGCGACGCUUGAGAAGCGGUUGCUCUGGAAGGGGGUGUUAAGUCAGGCGAAAUUCAAGACGGGCAAUGACGGCUCCGACAUCUCUGACGGAGAUAGUGGCGACGAAGGAUUCAAUGGAAGACGGCGAGGCGCUGCGCGACGGACUAUCCGCAGCGGGAACAUACGAAACCGCGGAGAGGAUAAUGAUGAUGACUGGGAUUGA